AAACCGGAGCACCCGGAGGAAACCCACGCGGACACGGGGAGAACAUGCAAACUCCACACAGAAAGGCCCUCGCCGGCUCGAACCCAGGACCUUCUUGCUGUGAGGCGACAGCGCUAACCACUACACCACCGUGCCGCCCCCAGUAGGUUUAUUUAGUGUUUAUUUUGGGGCGUGUCACCUCAAAAUAAACACUAAACUGAAGAUGCAAGGAGGAGACGUAAAGAAAGUUGGUGAAUUCAAGUACCUGGGGUCAACUGUGCGGGAAAAUGGGGGCUGCGAUAGUGAGGUGAGAAAGAGAGUGCAGGCAGGAUGGAGCAGUUGGAGAAGGAUUUCGGGAGUCAUUUGUGAUAGGAAAGUCCCAGCAAAAGUGAAAGGUAAGAUGUAUAAGACAGUAGUGAGACCAGCUGUGAUGUAUGGAUUGGAGACCGUACCCUUAACGAAGAGACAGGAGGCAAAGUUGAGGAUGUUGCGGUUUGCGAUGGGGGUGACAAGGUUGGACAGGAUAAGGAACCAGCACAUGUGGAGAGCUUGGGAAUUAAGCUAAGAGAGAUGAGACUGAGAUGGUAUGGGCACAUCCUGAGAAGAGAUGCAGGGCAUGUUGGAAGGAGAAUGUUGAGGAUGGAGCUGCCAGGCACAUGAAAACGAGGAAGGCCAAAGAGGAGAUACAUGGAUGCGGUGAAAGAGGACAUGAAAGUGGCAGGUGUGGUAGAGAAGGAUGCAGAAGACAGGGAGCAAAGGAGACAAAAGAUCUGCUGUGGCGACUCCUUAUCGGGAGCAGCCAAAAGAAGAUUUUGGGGCGUCACCCCAAAUGGAGUCCAGUUGUUUUAUUGGAUGUUCGAAAACAACUACAAUUAAUCAUCUUUAAAAUAUAGGAUCAUUUGUUAAAUUUGGUGCAAGCAAUCCUGAGAAAUUAGCGAAAUUGUUUAAGGUGUCAUCAUCUUAACAGAAAAUCAAGUUUGGAGAAAACCAGCUGUAAACUUUGUGAUGUGUAAAUUGAAAUUAAUGCAUAGUAUACAUUUAUUUGGCCUGCAAACUCAUACUCAUAGGUUGUUUUACAGUAUAUUUUGGUGACAUACGUUAUAGAUUAAAGAAUGUAUUUACAGCAAAAUUAGAAAAAAAUAUGUAGGCCAUUUUUUGGCGUGCUCUCGUUUCAAAUCGCUAUCUUGGAAUGAGCUUUAGCUACACUGGACUCAUUUUGUGGUCCCACGCCCCAUUUGUACUUUUAAGUUUACUUUUUCAAACACCUUUCAUUGACAUAUUGGUCUGUUUUCACUUUUUUUUAAAUGAUUUCUUAUAUUUCUCAAAAUGUUGUUCAGGUACCUUAUAGUGGCACUGGUAUAUGGAUAGUUUUCACAUGACAUCACAGAGUCGGGGAUUCCCUAGUGGCGGCCAUCUUGCAGGUCAAGCUUACCGUACGGGUCACUGAGCACACAUUGUAACGCGCGAGUACAAAGUCUUCAAAAGAACCCAAGCAGGCUAUUUAAAGCUAGCAAUGGUGCACACCUGUUGUAUUCACGGCUGUCGUAAUAGGUCAGAUGAUGAUGUCAAGCGGAGCUUUUAUGGAAUUCCCACUGUACGGGAGCACGAAGGCGAGCAAACAAAGAAACUCAGCAUACAAAGGAGAAAUCUAUGGCUUGCGAGAAUCAACCGCAAGGAUUAUCAGCCUUCCAAACACAGCAAAGUCUGCUCCGAUCAUUUUAUAAGUGGUUGCAAAUGGUACAGUAGUCAUGGAGCUCAGAAAUUCAGACCUCAGGAUGUAAGUCACCUGAUCACAUGGCAGGAUGGCCGUUGCACUAGAGAUUUCCUGUCAUCGCUACCCAAACCUGAGUCACACCUGAAUGUGGCCACCGGCUUUGGCUGUGCCUCCAUCCUCUGGUACACCAAGCACAGCCCUGGAUUUCUUUCAAAGUUCAGUGUCUCAGGAACCAUCCAGGACUAUGUGGUGUCCAUGCUGUGUGGUUUGGAGGGCUGCUUCAUGAGUACGCAGAAUGCUGCUAGCUGGGGCUACUUCAACACCACCACCAACCAGUGGAAUACAGAGAUUCUGAAAGGUGCAGGAUUCCCAGUGCACUUGUUGCCCGUCCUGGUGGAUUCUGGAUCCAUAGCUGGUCAGACCUGCUCUGAAUGGUAUGGGGUUCCUGCUAACACACCUGUCGGAGCAGCUCUGGGAGACUUCCAGUGCAGUGUUUACUCCUGCAUGACAGAAAAGACGGAUGCAGUAUUAAACAUGAGUACCUCGGCGCAGUUGACGUUCUCUAUGCCUGCUGAUUUCACUCCUGCAAGUGUACCGGAUGCCCCCUCUCCCAUCGCUUACUUCCCGUAUUUCCACAACUCCUACCUGGCCGUGGCCGCCGCACUCAAUGGAGGCAACGUUCUGGCAACGUUUGUAGGAAUGUUGACUUCUUGGAUGAAGGAAUUUGGAGUGGAGAUCAGUGACUCUGAAGUGUACUCCAAGCUGAUCGAGUGUGCUCUAACCCAACCCAGCACUGAACUCUGUGUGACCCCGACCCUUCUAGGAGAACGACACGACCCCAGUAGCCACGCUGUCGUGUCUCACAUUUCCCCAACCAACCUCUCACUGGCUCACGUGACUCGUGCCAUUUGCGCAGGAAUCGUAGCUAACCUAGCUGCCAUGAUGCCCCCUCACGUGCUGUUGGCUGCAGGAGUGAAACGGAUAAUGGGUAGCGGGAGCGCUCUUUCUCGGAAUGAAGCCUUGAGACAGGAAAUAGUGCGAGCAUUCCCUUUCCCUGUGGUCUACGGGAAAGACGUGGACUCAGCAGUCGGCGUGGCAAUGGUUUUUAAUGACAAGCUGUUAGGAAACGACUGACUUUAGAGUUAACCACACGACUUAGUAUGCACUAUAGACACACUGCGUCUUUACAGAUAUUAUUAUGUGAGAUUUACAACCUUGUUAGCUGCUCAUGUAUUUCUUAAAUUUAAAAAGGUAAUUCUAUGUGACCUUAAAAUCCAUUAACACAUUCCUUAUGUUUUGGAUACACAAUAAAAUCUGAUGUUCAUGUCAGUCCAUUUGGAUUACAUUGAUACUUUAAGUAUUAAUUUAAUGCAGGGGAUUUUACAGAUUUGUACAUCUACUAGAUGUUAUUGAAUUCUCAGUAGCUCUACGGACAAGAGUCUAUGGGCAUUUCAUGUAGAACAACAAAAAUUAGGAAGAUUCAAUAAGUCUCUCUCUCUCUCUCGUAAUCAUUUCAUCUUAUGCUUGUUCAAGUGGAGGACUGAAAUUCUCUGCUCCCAAGUAAACAAUGCUGUUAAAUAGUGAAAUGUGCUAAUUAUUAUGUUCUAAGUGUUAAUUUAAUGGAGGGGAUUUUACAGAUUUGUACAUCUGCUAGAUAUUUAAUUAUUGGAGCUGUAAUUAUUACAGUGUAACGUGUUGAGUUAUUCUUGAUAUAAUAAUUUAUUAUUAAUUUGUGUUAAUUUAUUACCAUUUUUGGGUCAGAUCCCUUAUGGCAUUGUUUGUGCUUGUAGAGCAAAUUGUAUCGCUUUUCUUUGUUUAAUUUUCAUUUAAAGCUAAAAUCUACACUUCAGUCACGUCUGCUUCAUUGCAAGUCCAUUGUGGUGGAGUACAGAGGCAAAAUUAUGAAAAUUGUGUCGAUAUCCAAAUACUUAUGGAACAGACUGUAUAGAGGAGAUAGUAUGCAUUUGUACUGUAACCGUAACUAAUCAUUUGUACAUUAUUUUUUUUCAAGUUGAAAUAAAAUAAAAUGUUUUGUCUGCA